GAGCCGCACGACGGGGGCUCCCGCGGCGAGCCACAGCGGGCGAGUCCACCGCAGUUUGUAACCCCCACGCGCCCUCACCCCCACGCCCCCGGGGGCCCGCACCCCGCGCUUCGACGUUACCCCCACCCCCUCCCGCCCUCAUGUGCCGGCCAUGAGGUGGCGCUUGCGCUGGCCGCUGGCCAGAGGCGCCCUGACCAGUGGCGGCGCCGGGGCCCUGGACACCGCACGCCGCUCCCUCGCCGCCGCCCUCGCCGCCCGCAGCGCGCGCCACGCCGCCCCCAGCGAGCACCACGCCGGCCGCAGCGCUGCGGCACAAAUGCGUGCGGGUCGCGCACUGCGGCCCUCCUCUGCUCGCGGAGCACCCGACCGACGACAUGUUCGCCGCCCAGCCCGUCACCAUCGAGAUCGUGGCUAGCGGCGCCGGCCCCGCCGAGAUCUCCUUGCUGGCUGCCGGCGUCACGGAGGCCGAGUAUGUCGGCGACCCCGGGGGCUUCGCCUUCCAGGUGAUGCAGGAGGGCGACGGCCCGGACAACGCGGACGCGCCGCCGCCCGCCGCCAACAUCAAGACGGUCAUCAACAACAUCGGCAAGCCGAGCAACCUGCGCGCCGAGCACAAGGUCUACAGCCGCUCCAACGGCCACCUGCCGCAGGAACAUGUGGCGCCCGGCGUCAACUUGAAGCACUUGAGCGCCUCCAACGGCCACCUGCCCAACAACCAGGUACCCAGCAAGAACAGCAACAACAAGAACUUCUUCCUGUCGCGGAAGAACAACGAGGCGACCGUCGGCGCGCAGCCGGGCAGCACAGGGGUUAGCAUGACGUUCCUGCAGAGCCUGGACGCCAAGCUGCAGCGCCUGCACGACUACACCCGGGGCGGCGGCCGCACCCGGCACCGGCGGGCCGCCCCGGCCCCGGACGCCAACCCGGAGGCCAAGGGCCAAGAGCAGCACGUCGUGCAGCACCCGAGGCCCUUCAUGACGGUGGUCCGCCAGGGCACGUUCCUCAAGCCGCCGCCGGAGCUCGCCGCGCUGCUGGGCCUGUCGUCGGGCAUCUCGUCGAUGGCCUCGUCGGCCGAGUCCUCGCUCUGCGCCUCCCACCACCACCCGGGCUCGUCCCUCAACUCGUCGUCCAUGCUGUACUCGUUCGCCUCGCGGCCGCGGGUCCUCAUGCAGGGCGGCGGCAGGUCCAAGCGCGCCGCCCCGAAGCAGGACGCCGCCGACGACACGGACGAUGGCCAGCUCUUCAGCAACCUCAUGUACGACCGGAGGGUGGUGCGGGGCAACACCUUCGCCCAGCAGUCCGUGCCCGCCGGGCUGCAACCGCAAUGGAAUCCGCAUUUUGCGUUUGCAAGGCUUCUCAGCCAGGACGCCCAGGAGGCGACGACGGUGGCGCUGCGGCAGGCCGAGGCCCGCAGGAGGGCGCUCGCCCGGCGCAAGGCGCAGCUGCAGCAGCAGCAGGGCCGCGCCCGCGGCCGCGCCGGCACCCCGCCGCCCGUGCCCGGCAGGCAGCACCUGGACGUGCAGACGGACCGCUACCUCGAGGAGAUAUUUGACAAGCCCCUGGAGUCGGAGGUGUGCUGCCAGACGGACCUGUUCGUGGAGCGGCCGCCCACCCCUCCGUUCGUGCCCGCCGUCGUGGGCAAGGACGCCGAGACGCAGAUCGAACCAGGAGAGCUGUUCGACUUUGACGAGGAGGUGACCCCCGUGCUGGAGGUGCUGGUGGGCCGCACCGUGGAGCAGGCGCUCGUCGAGGUGCUGGAGGAGGAGGAGGUGGCCGCCACGCACCGGCAGCGCGCGCGCCUCGAGGAGGUGCGGCUGCAGCAGCUGGAGGAGCAGAACCGGCUCCAGGACCAGGAGCGGAGGCUGCGGCUGGAGAAGGAUCGGCGGGUGGCCGAGUACGCGGCGGCGCGGCGCGCCCAGCUGGAGCUGGAGGAGCGCGUGAGCGCGGCCGCCCUCUCCAGCGACUACCUCGAGCAGCUGCUGCCCGACGUCCUGGAGAGCCUGCACCCGCUCAGCGAUCCCAUACAACAAGCUUUAAUUUAA